AUGGCGACCAACGGCGAAACGCCCAAAAAGGAGUUGACUCCAGCGGCGGCGACAAGCACAGCCCCAGCAGCCACCAGAUCGACCUCGCCCAGAGCCGGCACACCUCCUGCAUCUUCCCUCCCCCAGAAGCGCGUUCUGAUGGAGGACGACCACGCGCCCGCCGUCCGGUCCCCGCUGAACCCAGACGCAAGGUCCGCCCCGGCCAGGGCGCAGUCUCUAGCUCGCGAUGAGCAACAACCGUCUGGCGUCGCGGCGCGCGAGAAGCGCACCAAGAAGGAGUCGUUAAAGAAGCGCGAGAGCAAGGGCGUCGUUGGUGGCCCAGGUGGUUCGGCGACGGCCGAGAGCUCGAGAGCCACGCCUGAUCCCAGACAAAAGGAUCAGAGCCCCCUCGACCCAAACAAAGCCGCUCCGGCGCGGUAUCCGCAGCUGCUUCCCGCCAUGAGGAGCGGCGACUUUGAGCCUCCUCGUCCGCCUACCUUUACAAGUCACCAUGAAGUUAUAGGGCCUGAUGGUGAGACCAUUGAGUUUGGUGAGACGACAGAGCAAUCAGUGAACAGAAAAGGUUACGUCUACAACUACUGCAUAGCCGAUCCAGCGUUUCCCUCCAUGGUCUACUACCGUCACACCGACCAGCUCCCAUACACCGCCCAUCUAAGUGUGGAAGACGCAGCACAACAAAUGUACUUUGACCGGUCCGCCAUGCACGUCACUGGUGAACUGGGCUUUCGAAUGGCGCGGGCCAAUGUGGGAGUGCGCGAGGGCCGCUGGUAUUGGGAAUGCAAGGUGACGCGUGGUGUGAUAAACCCCGAACGCAGCAAACAAAAAUCUGCAGAAAAUGAUGGCGAAGGAGAGGCGAAUGAGACCAAGUCGCACGGCCACGUGCGGAUCGGUUGGGCGCGCAGGGAGGCCUCGCGGGAUGCGCCGGUCGGUCUGGAUGCAUACAGCUAUGCGAUACGUGACGUUGGCGGCCAGAAGGUGCAUAUGUCGCGACCAAAGGACUUUUUCCCGCCUGGAGAGGACGUGCGGGAAGGCGACGUCUUGGGACUGGAGAUAUGCCUUCCGUCGGAGCAGUUGCACCGCAAGGUUGUUCAGGGCCACUACAAUCCCGCCGUUGAUCUUCUAGACGAGGAGACACCAGACCCCCACGCUGCUGCAGAAGCGUCCAACAUUGUGCGGGAGCGGGUGGUAAUACGGGGAAAGACGAACCUUUUCUCCGAAGUUUUCGACUACCACCCGAUCAAGGAGUUGGAAGACCUCAUGAACCCGUCGCCAAUGGCUGCAGCCGGCGCCGGACACGGCCACUUGUCAGAAAGGCCCAACCCAAACCAUCGUGUCCCUUGUCUGCGGACACUGCCCAAGUCUUAUAUCAAAAUCUACAAAAACGGCGUCCUCAUGGGCACUCCAUUCGAGGACCUCUUGAGCUUCUUGCCCCCAGCCUCGACGCCGAAUGCAAAACUGCAAGACGGCGCCAAGGAGGGUUUCGAUGACGGCACGGUGGGUUACUACCCAGCAGUCAGCGUUUUCCGUGGAGGCGCGGCCGAGGUGAAUUUCGGCCCCGAUUUCUGGUACCCGCCGCCGGGGUAUGGGAGCGCAACAUCUGCGCCGACGACAAACGGCGACGUGGAGAUGACGGAUGCAGACGCCAGCACAAGUACCCAGCCGGCAGCUCCGGCAAAAAUCAAGCCUAUGUACGAGCGAUACAAUGAGCAGAUAGCCGAGGACAUCGUUUACGACAUCAUAGACGAGGUGCAUUUCUGGGUCCAAGACGGCCGCAAGGCGGACGGGAAUCUGGAUGGGGUCGACGCGGCAGAUCGGAUGCAAGAGGACUGA